UAGAACCAAAUUAUCAUCAAUAUAAUUAGGCAAUAAAGUCGACAAAAGUUAGAAGAAAAAAAAAAGAAUGGCUGUUUCAUAUCAGUUAGCUUCACUCUUGAUUGUCAGUACUAGUAGUAUUAGCUUUAAUCGUCAACCACCACGAGUACCAUCUAAUAGCUUCUCUACUUAUUCUCGUCUUCGUCGUCGUCACUCUCUGAAAUGUAGUUCAAAUCAUAGUAGUGAUGAUGAUCAUGAAACCAUGACCAUUAUUCCUCGAAGAUCAGCCAACUACCAGCCCCCACUUUGGCAUUUUGACUACGUUCAAUCACUUUCUACCCCUUUCACGGCAGAAGCAUAUGGCGAACAAAUUGAGAAACUGAAGAAAGAGGUAAGAGUGAUGGUGAAGAGAGCAAGAGAUGAGGACGACCCUUUAUCUCAACUUGAACUGAUUGAUGUGUUGCAAAGACUUGGAAUAUCAUACCACUUUGAGGAUCAAGUAAAUGGUAUAUUGAAAGAUAUAUAUAAUAGCAAUAACUAUAUCUACAAGACCAACAAUAUAUAUGCCACUUCUCUUGAGUUUAGACUCCUACGACAGCAUGGUUAUCCAGUGUCUCAAGAAAUUUUUAGUACAUGCAAGGAUAAUAUUCCAGGGAAUUUAAGGGCUUUUACCCAUGAAACAAAAGGAUUGUUAUCUUUGUACGAAGCUUCAUUCUACUUGGUAGAAGGUGAUGAUGGUAUUUUGGAAGAGGCAAGACACACCACAAAGAAAUGUCUUGAGGAAUACAUCAUGAUGAAAGGGCAGCAAUUAGAACAAAAUGAUGAUGAUAGUUGUCUUUAUGAACUAGUGAGCCAUGCCUUGGAGCUUCCACUACACUGGAGAAUGUUAAGAUUGGAUACCAGGUGGUUUAUUGAUGUGUACGAGAGGAGACCACACAUGAACCCUACUCUACUUAUGUUAGCUAAACUAGAUUUCAACGUUGUCCAAUCAACAUACCAAGAAGAACUUAAAUAUGCAUUUAGCUGGUGGGAAAGCACUGGUUUGGGACAAAAGUUGGAAUUUGCAAGAGAUAGAAUGAUGGUGAAUUACUUGUGGACAAUAGGAGUUUCAUUUGAGCCACAUUACACAAGUUGUAGAAGAAUGGCUACAAAAGUAAAUGCUUUAAUAACAGUAAUAGAUGACAUAUAUGAUGUUUAUGGUACACUAGAUGAAUUGGAGCUAUUCACUGAUGUGGUUGAGAGAUGGGAUAUUAAUGCUAUGGAUGGGCUCCCAGAGUAUAUGAAGACAUGUUUCCUUGCUUUGUACAACUUCAUAAAUGAUUAUGCAUUUGAUGUGUUAAAAGGGAAAAGCCUCCAUGUAAAAAAAUACCUUCAAAAAGCGUGGGCAGAUCUGUGCAAAUCUUAUUUAAGGGAAGCAAAGUGGUACUACAAGGGAUACACACCAACAUUUGAAGAGUACAUUGAGAAUGCAUGGAUUUCAAUAGCAGGACCUGUUAUAUUAUCACAUAUAUACAUUUUUGUAGCGAAUCCAACAAAGGAAGAUGCCUUAAGUUGCUUGGAUGAAUACCCUAGCAUAAUACGCCAUUCAUCAAUUAUUUUACGACUUACGAAUGAUCUCGCAACUUCAACGGAUGAACUGAAAAGAGGUGAUGUGCCCAAAUCAAUUCAAUGCCAUAUGCAUGAACUUGGUGUGUCUGAAGACGAGGCUCGUCAAUAUAUGAUGUUAUUAGUAAAUGAAACAUGGAAGUGUCUUAACAAAGAUUACAUAUAUGACUCUCCAUUCUCUAAGGCUUUCAUUGAAAUCUCUACAAAUCUUGCUAGAAUGGCACAUUGCAUUUAUCAAUAUGGAGAUGGACAUGGUAUUCAAGACCGCCAAACAAAUGAUCAUGUAUUGUCAUUACUAAUUCACCCUAUUCCCCUUGGCCCAAUAGGAGCAACUUAAUUAUCAUCAUUGUCAUGAUUCAAUUACAACCUUAUUGGCUCUUUAAAUUUCGGUUGCUUUUGUAAUGCUUAUUAUAAUUUGGAUUAUAUUUUACAUGUUUU